AUGUUCUUUUCUCAAAUACCAGAUGAGAUAAUUCAACAUUUGCUCUAUUAUAUCUCUCCCGAAGACAACCUUCUCAGUUUUCAGUUCCUCUCACAUCGUCUAAGGCAUUUGGCCAAUGAAUCACUUCUUUGGCGAUACCACUGUCAAAGAAGCUUUGAGUAUUGGCAUCCCCAGCACAACUUCCACCGCCGUUUAAAAGGAAGAGCUUCAGAUACGCCAUGGAAGAAAAUAUUUAUCCUGCGCAAGUCCCGCAAUGCGCAGCUUGAUCGCCUCCUGGACGACAUUGUCGCAACCAAGGUCGGUCGGCUAAAGAGGUUUGAAAAAGUCUGCAAACUGGGUUAUGACGCCAAAGAUUUUCUUCUAGAGCAAUGCAAUGCCGGCGAAGCCGCUGAGGACGUCCUGGCCCGACGAUACUAUAGUAACUCACUGCUGGAUAGUAUUCACAGGUCACUCGCCGUUGAAGAGUGGCACAACAUUCAACUGGCGAGUACAAACCCUAGUGGGCGACAUAGAACCGUCAGUCUCGAGCGAGCACUUGGUGCGUUCGAUUUAUUCGUUCUGCACGACCAACCUGGAGAUUUAGACGAUAUUGGCCAGAUCCUUGACAGAAUGGCAGAAGAGUUUCGCGAUACCCAGCCAGGUGGUAUCAAUGAAAUGUCAACACGACAAAAGGCGUUGGAAUUGAAUCGAUGGCUCCGAAUAAACAACCUCACAGGAUUACAGCAUCCUGAGCGAAGUUACCGGAAUUUGCGAAAUUGUCUGAUUGGACAGGCCCUGCGCCAUGAAGACCAUGACUCAAUUCCCAUCAUUUCCAGCGCCAUUUUUUGUUGUGUUGCGGAAAGACUGGGACUGCAAGCUCAAUGCUGUGCAUUUCCCACUCAUGUCCACGCCAUAGUCUUUGCAGAAUAUGGAAGGACUUUGGAUGGCAACCCCAUGGAUGAAGACAAUGCACCACCCGAAAGGAUGUAUUUGGACCCCUACGGCUCAAGUGAGGAGAUUCCCAUGGCGGAUUUGCAAGCCAUGCUGUCACAGUUCGGCUGGCAGUCGAGCACUGAUGUCUUUCUAUCCCCCGUGAGUCCUGUGGCUAUUGCAAUGCGCACAGCGCGCAACAUCAGAGCCACAGCAGCCAGAGUAAUCGAAGCCCGUGAGCAGGUCGACCCUGAUCUUACGCGUCUCAUCACCGGCAACGAUUCAUCGAAUAUCGACGCUGCUCUAUACUCUGCUCUAUGGGCAUCCCUGCUCCUUACACCCGUGGAUUCCUUUGAAUGGGAUGAGGUUCUGGAACCGUUUCUGAACCGAUUUGCCAAGAGCUGGCAUGUAGAUGCGUGGCUAGUUGAGAAGUACAUAUUCCCCUUGUACGAUCGCUUUGGUCCCUUUCGUGGGAGACUUCUAAGAAACAACCCCCGUAGAUGGGACGACCCCCGCGAGGUCAUAGGCCUUGUGGACGAGUUCGAUGAGAUACCACCACCAGUGUUUUAUAGGAACAACGCGCGGACGCAAAACGUGCUCUACAAGAUCGGACAGGUCUUCAAACACCGACGAUACGGCUGGAUCGGUGCUGUCAACGGUUGGACCGAUCAGGGUACGCGGCGUUUACCCAUGCCACACACCGUGGCUAUUGACGAGACGCUGGACGAUAACAGCGAUACAGAACUACCUAACCGGGUGCGCCCCCGUAACCAGACCUUCUAUACGUGCCUUCGCACAACAGGACCUGAGCGACAUGUUGUUGCAGAGGACAACAUCGUGCUGAUCCAUGAUCCGAGCGAGGUUCCGCAGUCUUUGUUUCCGCAAGCUGGAAAGUUCUUCAAGAGAUUCGAUGCCGAGACGUGCACAUUUGUUUCCAACAUCACUGAGCAGUAUCCAGAUGACUGA